GAGCUCCCCGUUACACUCACUAGUACUAAAAGUACAAAAAAAAAAUAGAAAUAAAAAUUUAAAAUCUCUUAAAAAUUAAAAUUUAUUACAUGGAAAUGGAACGAUUCUCACCACAAACUUCAAAUACCCAAUUAGAAAUGAAAUUACUUCGCAGAUUCAAACCCAGUUCGUAUUCAUUUUGUAAUCUGAAACCCUUUAGCACAAAUUCAGCUUCUGUAAGUUCAAUUCUUGGUUUGAAAUCAAUAACUGUAUGCAGUACCAGAAUUAGCGGUAAACCUAGUAGUUCAAGAAUCAGUGGAUUGAAGGUUAAAGAUAAAGUUAGUGAAGCUGAAUUUGCAAGACAGUUGAAGGAGAAUUGGCUUCAUUCUCUAUCUUGCCCUUUUAAUUCUGUUAAUAAUCCAACUGAAGUUUCCAAUUUUAAUGGGGAUUUGGACCCGGGAAGUAAUGUGGGUUCUAAUUGGGUUAUUGGUGUUGACCCGGAUCUUUCUGGUGCUCUUGCUUUAUUGAAAUUUGAUGAUUCGGGUUGUUCUGCUCAGGUAUUUGAUUCGCCUCACUUGAAAAUAAUGGUUGGCAACAAAAUUCGAAAGCGUUUAGAUGUUAAGUCUAUUGUUCAGUUGCUACGCAGUUUUGAUGCUCCAGUUGGAACUACUGCAUACAUUGAGCAAUCAACCCCAUUUCCACAAGACGGGAAACAGGGAUGGUGGAGUGGAGGAUUUGGUUAUGGAUUAUGGAUUGGCAUGUUAGUGGCCUCCGGUUUUUCUGUAAUUCCAGUAGCAUCUCUAGCAUGGAAGAAUGAAUAUGAACUCGCAGGAAGCGAAACUACCAAGGACGAUAGUAGAAGGGUUGCAUCAACAUUGUUUCCAUCAUUGAGCUCCUCAAUGCAAAGGAAAAAGGAUCAUGGAAGAGCCGAGGCUUUACUAAUUGCUGCAUAUGGCAAAGGCCUGAAGUUGAAGUCUGAGGUGCCACAAAUUCCAGAGGAAUUGUCAUAAAUAUGGAAGAUUGAUUACUUGGUAGGCAGCCCAUUAUUAUUCCAACAGAUGCAUUGCCAAGAAAUCAAACAUACAUAUCAAGAACGAUCAAAUUCAUACAAUACAAUAUAAUCACCAAAUAUAGUUUUGGUGGUAAACAAUCAACAUGAUAAAACAGUCAUGUUGAUAUGACAACAUGGAGUACUAAAUUAAGGUAAUAGUAAGUAAAAGACCGAUUGAUGGCUCUUAUUCGGAGUGUUGAGUUUGCGGGAAAGCAUCCUUUUGUGUUUUCUUGGUGUUGGCAUCCUUUUGUUUUUUCUUGGUGUUGGCCUUUCCAUGCUUAUCUGCAGGUUGAUGGGCAUGGUGAAGAUGAGAGAUGUCCAAAUGAACACCAGGGUCAUGGGUGCUGUAGCUGCUACCAAGCAUCAUAGAGUUGUUCACUGCUUGGAAGUUGCUAUUGACGUAGGUAGCCAACGGUUCUGAUUCCGAAGCUGCCCGUUGUUGGUUGUCAGUGCCAAUCUGAUCAUCCAACUCGGUCCGCAUUGUUGCUCCCAUGUUUGUUCCAGCUAGGGUGACCAUUCUUAUGCCGGCUUCGUCGUCCCCAGGCUUGUGAAAAUCCCCAACUCGAGAUGUAAUUGUGUUGACCAUGUGUCGGACUUCACGAUCAAAUGGAUUUUGGCCCUUGGCUCCAUCAGAUUUUGCUGUUUCAGGAAGCAUGCUUGCCGAAUGAAAGAAGUUGGGUAUUCGGUAUUGCAAUUUAACAAGAGAUUAUGAUGGCCUGGGAAUAUUUAAAAGUAAACAGAAUAACUUGGAUUAUAAGGCAGGCAUUUUUGCUUUCAUCAAUCUUUAAUCUCCUUUUCUUUUUGCACAAUUAA